GCGACUCGGCCGCCGCAAUGGCGCUGUACAGCGCGGCCGCUGCUGUGCUGAGCGGGCUGGAGCGUGGCGAGGGAGGCCUCAAGAGCCUGGUGUACGGCAGCGACUUCCCGCACGCCCGGCAGCUGUACGCGCUGGUGGCCGAGACGCUGCGCUACGGCCCGGUGCUGGAGGCGCUGCUGGACGGAGCCGCGUUGCUGCGCGUCGAGAAGAAACUGCCGCCGCUACUGGCCAAGGUGCUGGUGUACGACCUGCUCUUCGGCAAGGGCCUCAAGUGCGGCGGCCGCUGGAAGGCGUUGGCCCGGCGGCACCGCGCGCGGCUGGAGGCCGAGCUGGCCCGGCUAAAGGUGCGGCGCGGGGUGAGCCGCAACGAGGAUCUCCUGGAACCGGCUCCGGGAACCGGGCCGGAAGCCCCUCAGGUGCCACGUUACGUCCGGGUGAACGUGCUGAAAACAUGCGUGGAUGAUGUGGUGGCAUUCUUCAAGCGCCAGGGCUACUCCUUCCUGGGCAGGGCAAGGAGCGUGGAAGAGCUGAAAAUCCUUUCUGGGAAGAAAUUCUUGUUGGAUCUUCACCUCCCGGAGCUGCUCGUUUUCCCUCCGCAGACAGACUUCCAUGACAACCGGCUCUAUAUGUCAGGACACAUCAUCCUGCAGGACAAGGCCAGCUGCUUGCCAGCCUUCCUCCUUAGCCCUUCUGCUGGCUCCCAUGUGAUCGAUGCCUGUGCUGCCCCUGGGAACAAAACCAGCCACCUGGCUGCCAUCCUGAAGAACAAGGGGCAUAUCUUUGCCUUUGAUGUGGACACCAAGCGCCUGGCUACCAUGAACACCAUGCUGAUGCGGGCAGGGGUCACCAGCUUCAAGCUGGCCCAGCAGGACUUCCUGACAGUUGAUCCCCACGAUCCCAAAUACAGCAAAGUAAAAUACAUCCUCCUGGACCCGUCAUGCAGCGGCUCGGGGAUGGUGGCCCGGCUGCCACUGGAGGAAGCUGCCCCGAGUGCAGAGCGGCUGCAGGCUCUGGCUGGCUUCCAGCGCAGGGUCCUGAGCCACGCGCUGCGCUUCCCGGCGGUGCAGCGUCUGGCCUACUCUACCUGUUCAGUGCACCGAGAGGAGAAUGAGGAUGUGGUGCACGCAGUGCUGCAGGAGCAGGGAUCGGCCUUCAGGCUAGUGGAUGCUUUCCCAUCCUGGCCCUGUCGAGGACUUGCUACCUUCCCAGGGGCUGAGUGCUGCCUCCGCGCCUCUCCUGCAGAUACGCUCUCACAGGGCUUCUUUGUGGCUGUCCUGGAGCGCCGUGGGGAGGAAGCUGCUGUCCCCAGCUCCCUGCCUGCAGCCACUGAAGAGAGCCUACAGCAAGAAGAGGGAGUAGAGCCAGGAGCAGCUCCUCCCAAGAAGAGGAGGAGGAAAAAGCAACGUGUGAAAUAAUUCUAGGAGCAUGCAGUGCUGGUUUCUGGAGCUGGUCUGUGCUGUGGCCCUUGCACUGAGUAACAGAAAUAAAGCUUUUCACCAGC